AUGAGUACCAGAGCGGCUCAAGCUUGCGAUGGAUGCAGGGUGCGCAAGGUGAAAUGCAACAGCACUCAGCCUUGCUCGCAAUGCUCACAUCUAGGCCUUGGGUGCAUCUACUCGCCUUCGACCAAGCGCAAGCCAAGCCAUGAUGCUCCUCCAGCUAGCAUUGGUCCUGGUGCCGGAAGAGGCAGCGAGGAAAUAGGUCAUCGAGCUGGCUUUCCUGCAGAACCUGCCUCGGACAAUCAGGCCUUCACCGCAGGCUUCUUCAUCGGCAUGCUCCCCAAAUACGAAGAGCAGGUGUAUCCGGUCAGCCCCAUCAUCACGAGCUAUGAGGUGCGCCAGGCCAUUGACAACAUGCACAUCAGCCUCGACGACGCUGCCUUUGUCUACGCAGCGGGGGCGGUGACGAUCAACCUCACGACUCCCACGGUGCAUGGCGAGGCGGGAGCCAAGAUGACGGAGCUGAUCCGACUUGGCCUUAGCGCGUAUCGACGAGCAGAUUCCAUGUCAGACGUCAAAAACGGGAGGUUGACUGAGAUGCGGACCACUUUCAAGCGCAUCAUGACGUGCAUCUUCCUCGAGGUGUCCAUGAUGGCCUUCAACCGCUUCGACCGCAGCUUCUCCACGCUGCGCGAGGCCAUGACCAUGGUGCAGAUGAUCCACGUCCAGCAGUGCUCACACAAUGCAGUGCCCCUUGAGCCGCGCGACGUGCCCAAGUUCCAACGCGUGUACUGGGAGGUCUUUAUUCACGAACGCUUCUUGACCAUCCUGUCCGGGUUUCCGUGCAUCAUGACGCCGCUGCCUGCGGGCUUACCGGCGCGGGACACGUCGAUUCCGGCACAUAUCGACGUCGGGUUCAACCGCCUCAUCCGUCUGUUUCAAAUCAUGGACGGGCCAUUUUUGCUGUACUGGAAUGCGCAGCAGAACCCGGCGCAGCCCAUGCCGGGGGUGUCGCCGCAAUGGAUCGAGAGCAAGCAGGCUCAGCUGGACCAGGAUGAAAUUGGAGCCUCCGAGGCCGAACAGGCGCUGAUUGAGAGUGGCCGGGGGUCGUUCACGGAGCUGCAGCACGUCGAUCUGAUUGUCACCAGGCUGUGGAUGCGCACGCUGCUCUGGCAGUUUGGCCUCACCCACGGCUUUCUUCGCUCGGCACCGUCACAGAACGUCCACGAAGGCCUGUCCAACCACUUCCCGGCGCACAGGCUGUCUGUGCAAUUGCGAGCCCUGGUAAUCCAGCUCGAGAAUGUGUCCACCAUCGUCACACACGGGAUGGGGCUCUUGCAGAAGAUCUUUGAGAUCACGAGCACUGUGGCGGAUGUGCUUGCGCUGCCACUGGGCUAUGGCCAGACGCAAGAGGACGUGCAGAGCCGGAUAGAGGACUUUGCUUUCUUGGUCAAGUUCCUGUUCAGCUCCGAGAGGGCCGAGAAGGAGCAGCGAGACUACCUGCGGGACAAGCUCGAGGUCCUCCAGCAGCAGUACACCAUGGUCAACUUUGCGGACAUGGUUGGGCUGAGCCCGACUGUGCACGCUCCAUAUCCAGUCUGA